AUGCAAUACUUUGCUCCCCAGCUGCACUCGAGCCAUCAGUCGACUGUCUCGCUGCGUGCCAGCCAGUACUUCAAGAAGCGCAAGACCAGGCACGAAGAGCACGAGGAUGAUGGAAACUCGUCCAGCUCGGGCUCUGAUGCUGACAAGAGGUCACGCACAUCACGAUCAAAUGUACACUCACAUCCUUCAUUUGCCUCAGCCGAGCUAGCACAGCUACGUGUCGCAGGUCUAUUACCCGAGGACGAACAUCGAGUGCCUCCAGCGCCGUUUCCUCAUGCACCUGCAAGGGUGCCCAAGCCAUACCUGGGGACCGCUAAGAUCCAGAAAGAGCUCGCUAGGCCACCCUCGCAACUCUACACUGUCAACAGCACAGCCUCACAGGGUGACAACACCAGUAGCCAGACAGAGGCAAGUAAUCUCAGGAGAACGCAUCUCAAUGUGCUGUCCACUGUCAUGCACAGAUGCUUACAGGAGCACGACUAUGACCGUGCUGGCAGAGCAUGGGGCAUGAUUCUGAGAACCCAGGCCACUCACGGCAAUACAGUCGAUCUUCGUAACCACGGUCGCUGGGGCAUUGGCGCUGAAAUCCUGCUGCGGCGAAAGCCUCAUGGUGAAGCACACAGCAACCAGAGCCACGACGCAACAAACGCUGAUGUUGAUGUCUUCAGCGAGCAAGGUUUCGACCUUGCAAGGGAGUACUACGAACGUCUCAUCGUGCAGCAUCCAACCCGUAAACAGGUACCGCACGCCACAGACCAGAGGACCUUUUACCCAGCCAUGUUUUCCCUUUGGAUCCAGGAAAGAAGCACGGAUGACGUUCGAUCUCGGGAGGACGCAAUCCAAGUCGAGGAGCUUGCCCGAGCCAUGGAGAUUGCCGAACGACUCGACGACUUGGUCAAAUCGCCGCCGUUCGACAAGCAGGCCAGCUUGCUAUAUCUUCGAGGACAAAUCGCUCUCUGGAUCAGCGACUUGAUUGCAGGCAACACAGCUGCUGCGAUCAUGGAUGAGUGGGACCCGUAUCCUAUCAGGAAGGAUGUAUCAGCAGUAGAACAGAUCUCAAAGUUCAAGAGCUGUCAACGAGAGCUACGUGCAGCGCAGAGUUAUCUGGAGCGCUCGGAGGAGAACGGGUGCCAGCAACAUCGACAGUUGCAGAAGAUCGAAAGCCGGCUGAAGGAGCUUCAGAAGCAGAUUGCUGGGCUUGAGUCUGGUGAAGAGGACGAUACAAAUGUCACGAUGGAGGACGAUUGGUAA